AUGUACGACCAUGGACUAGACCUGACGGCGGAGAAAACCGAGCUAGUCAUAGUCACGAAGAAAUACAUCCCUUUGCAGAUACCCAUGAAAGUAGGAUCAGCAGUUACUACAACGAAGGCAGCCAUAAAACAUCUGAGCAUCUGGAUGGAUAACCGGCUGUCUUUCCACAAGCAACUGAAGCAGGCAGCAGAUAAGGCAGCAAGUGUCACAUCGGCACUCAGUAGACUCAUGGUCAACGUGAGUGGCCCAAGACCAAGCAAGUGCCGAUUGCUCAUGACAGUGGCUCAGUCCAUAAUGCUCUACGGAGCUGGAAUAUGGGCUGACGCUCUCAAAAAGAAAACACACUGCAAACUCCUGGCAGUGUCGCAGCGAAGAGGCGCGCUCAGAAUUGCGUGCGCAUAUCGAACAGUGUCCGAACCAGCGAUUCUAGUAAUUGCGGGGACGAUACCGAUCGAUCUUCUGGCCCAGGAGAAGAAGAAAGUCUUCCUCAGGAAGACGGAAGUCACAAAGGCUGUAGCGAAAGCCGAAGCCAGAGCAGCCACCAUGGAAGAAUGGCAACAACGAUGGAGUCUUGACCACCUAGGAAGAUGGACCAACAGGUUGAUUUCCGAGUUGAGUAACUGGUUGAACCGCAGGCAUGGAGAGACGUACUACUAUCUGACGCAAUUCCUCUCAGGGCAUAGUUACUUCCGUGACUAUCUCUACAAGAGAGGAAAAGUCAGCAGCCCAAAGUGUGGGUAUUGCAAAGAAGAAGAAGACGACCCGAAACACACUUUCUUCGAGAGUGACCGCUGGUCCGACCUUAAACACAGGUUAGAAAGUAAGAUAGAAGAAAUAAUACCUGAUAAUGUUGUUGAGUUGAUGUUGCUGAACGAGGAAUGGUGGGAAAAGGUGGCUACCUAUGUUGAAACUAUCCUGCGCAAGAAGAAGCAAGAGGGGCAACUUAGUGGAUAA